CAUGAAUUAGGUCACUGUUAGAUCCAAUCUCUAAUUCUUUUAUCUAUUCAAUAAAUGAUGUUCCUCUCAGGAAAGUGAAGAUACCACCCAAAGAGAUGAGCUGAGAGAAGAACCUCUCACACUGCCACAGGAAAGUGAUGAAGAUGAUAGCCAGAGAGAAGAGGAGAGAGCAGAACCUCUCACAGUGCCACAGGAAAACAAUGAAGGUGGCAGCCAAAGACAAGAACAAAGAGCAGAAUCUUUCACAAUGGUGCAGGACAAUGUCCCUCAAGAAGUUGAUGAUGUCCACUCCUCCCAUGGACUAACAGAAGAGCAAAGCAUCAUCUCGAUUCUCUCCUUUAGAUUGAGACACAACACAACAGGUGUAUUAAUGGAAGACCUGCUGAAACUGCUCAAAUUGCAUUCUGCUCGGACUAGUGCAGUUCCAACAAGCAAGUAUUUUCUGGAGAAACCAUUAGCUGGUAUUACACAUCAGUUUGAACGACACCAUUACUGUAGAGUUUGUACUAAGUACAUUGGUUCUUCACAAUCUCUGGAAGAAACACUCAAAUGUGUGUCAUGUUCCUCAUUCAUGACAGUGAAAGACAGUUUACAGGAAAGACAUUUCUUUAUUCACAUACCAUUGAAGGAUCAGCUGAAAGACAUUCUUGAGAACCAGGGUAUGCAUGAUCUAUGUUUUUGUGCUGAUGCCGGUACAAAGCAUGUAAUAAAUGACAUAUGUGAUGGCACCUUAUAUCAGACUUUGAAAAAUAACAGUAAAGAGGAUUUUCUGUCCCUUACAUUCAAUUGUGAUGGUGUACCAGUUUUUCAGUCCUCCAAAUUUAGUAUUUGGCCAAUAUUAUGCUGUGUUAAUGAGAUACCACCUGAGAGUAGGGAUAAACAUAUACUUUUAUGUGGUUUGUGGUUUGGAUCCAAGAAGCCAGACAUGUCCUGCUUCUUUAAACCAUUUGUUGAGGAGUGUGCCAAUCUUUCUCAAGCUGGUUUUGAGUGGCAGCAUCCUAGUGACCAGUCAUUGAGACACAUAAAAGUGCACACAUUGUGCUGUGUGUGUGAUGCAGUUGCAAGGCCAUUACUACAGAAUUUUAAGCAGUUUAAUGGUGAGUAUGGCUGUGGAGUCUGCCUUCACCCUGGGAUGCAAACAAGGAAAGGAAAAGGAAGCACAAGGGUUUAUGCAUGUCCAGAUGAAAAGCCAAUUGACAGAAAUUAUAAAACCACAAUAUAUGGCGACUUUAUGGAUGGAUUCUAA